AUGCAAAAUCAGAUAAACACUAUUCCAUUGGUAGAUGCCAAUUCAUUACGAUCAGCACAAUACGCCGCUGUUGCAAAUAUGCUGCACCUCAACUCACCUGAAGGUGGACCAACUGAGAGCAAUAAUCCUGAAAAUAUCGUCUGGAAAGUGUUAAUCUUCGAUAAAUUUGGCCAAGACAUCAUUUCCUCGAUCAUGCGUGUGAAUGAUCUUCGCGAAAAUGGAGUGACAGUACACAUGCUUUUGUCCCAAGACAGAUCACCUUUGCCCGAUGUACCUGCUGUUUACUUUGUAGAGCCUACUUCAGAAAAUAUUAAGAAGAUUUGUGAGGAUUUGAGUCGUAAUUUGUAUGAUUCAUAUUACAUCAACUUUUGCUCAACUAUAUCUCGCCCUGUCUUGGAAGAAUUCGCAACAACCACAAUCAAUGACAAUACCUCAGACAUGGUGAACCAGGUUUAUGAUCAAUAUCUUAAUUUUAUUUGCACAAACCCCAACGUAUUCUCUCUUAAUCAACCACAAACAUUCAUCAACUUGAACAACCCAACUGCCAGCGAAUCGUUAAUUGAAGAAACAAUCGACAAGACCGUCAAUGCAUUAUUCUCAGUCAUUGUUACCAUGGGCGUCAUUCCCAUCAUUCGUUGUCCCAGAGGAAAUGCCGCUGAGAGCAUUGCCAACAAACUCGAUAGCAAGCUACGUGAUCAUGUCAUGAACAGCAGAACCAACUUAUUUUCAGAAAACAAUUCUGCCAAUUUGCAACGCCCUGUUCUCAUUUUGUUGGAUCGAAGCAUGGAUUUGACUCCUAUGUUGAGUCAUUCCUGGACUUACGAAGCACUCAUUCAUGAUGUACUCUCAAUGAAGCUGAAUCGUAUCACUAUCGAAGGCGGCGAACCUGGAUCCAAAAAGAAGAGUUAUGAUCUCGAUGCCAAAGAUUUCUUUUGGUCCAAAAAUGCAUCCAGUCCAUUCCCACAAGUAGCUGAGGAUAUCGACAUUGAGUUGAACAAAUACAAAAAGGACGCUGCUGAAAUCACUGGCAUUAGUGGCGUGUCUUCCUUAGAAGAUGUUGGGAAUAUUGACAUGUCUUCCAACACCAAGUUGCUCAAAUCAGCCAUCACUGCUCUGCCUGAAUUGACAGCAAGAAAAGCAACCUUGGAUAUGCACAUGAAUGUCGCUACUGCGCUGCUGAAUGAUAUCAAGGAUAGACAAUUGGAUAAUUUCUUUCAAAUCGAGGAAAGCAUCACUAGACAAAACAAAAAUACGUUACUGGAAACUAUUCGCGAUGUGGAAAAGAAGAAUCCCGAGGAUAAAAUGAGAUUGUUUUUGAUUUAUUACUUGUCGACAGUGGAGGAGCUUCCAAAGGACGAUAUGGAAGCUUACGAAAAAGCUCUCUCUGAAGCAGGAUGUGAUAUGGAGCCAUUGAAUUACAUCAAAAAAGUGCGCGCUUUGAUGCGUAUGACAUCUAUGAUUUCAGCACCCUCUCAACCACAAACUGGCUUUUCACAAGCUGAUUUGUUCCGUGGUUUCAGCAGCAUUGGUAACAAGUUGACUGACAGAUUGAAGGAAGGUGGUUUAGGUGGUGGUUUUGAGAACCUGUUGUCAGGCGUCAAGAACUUACUGCCUACCAGCAAAGAGUUGGUGGUCAGUAAAAUUGUCUCUGAUAUCAUGACACCACCACAAAACGAAGCAUCAAAAGCAAGCGACUACUUGUAUUUUGAUCCAAAGGUCAGCAAGAACUCUAGAUCUCCUCGUCAGCACAAGGUUGCAUUCCAGGAAGCCAUCGUUUUCGUUGUUGGUGGCGGUAAUUAUGUCGAAUACCAAAACUUGCAAGAGCUUGCAACACAAAAUAAUGGUAAAAAGAUUACAUAUGGCUCUACUGAUAUUUUGUCCCCUCACCAAUUCUUGGAGCAACUGGCUACUCUUGGAAAAGAAAGCUCAUUGGCAUAA